AUGUUCAGCCUAUUCUCCUGGGCAAUUGGCCUGGUUUUGGCCUACUUUUUGGUGGAUACAUUAUUUGUUUUGGACAUCAACAAACGCACGUAUAACCACAGGCCCGGGAAGUGCGUGGAAAUUAAGGGGAUUGACGAAGGCUCUGAACACGUCGAAUAUGUGCCUUCGAAAAACAUUGCCUUUAUGUCGUCGGGUGUAAUGGGAAUUAUGGAUGGCAACGAGGCGGGCAGGAUGUUCUACUACGAUAUGAGCGAGAAAAACACAAAUCAUCAAGCUGUUCAGAUACCUAUCCAAAAUCCACCCAAAAUCUUCAUACCCCAUGGGUUCUCGCACUACAUCCUCGAUGGUAAGGUGUAUCUCUACGUAAUCUCGCAUACUCCGUUGAAGAAGGACUUUAAUCAUAGUAUUGAGGUCUUUGAAUUCCAAGAAAAGCCUCUGGGACUGAAAUGGGUGAAGACGCUUAAGGACAACCUGUUUGUAAAGCCCAAUGGCCUGCACGCUAUCGGAAAAGAUCAAUUCUUCAUCUCGAACGACGGAUCUGCACAGAGUGAAAUCGGGACCUUCUUGGAGAUGUUCUUCCGCCGCCCCGGCGGUUCCGUCGUGUAUUUUGAUGGGCAGAAAUCCCAUCUCCUAGUCCCCAGCGACGUCACCCCCAACGGCAUCUGGGUCGACAAAACCAAGCAAAUCCUAUAUUACGCAUCGCCUUUCAAGGAAAAGUUGGUUGUUCUGCAGUUGUCACAGGACUUCACAAAAGUCGAGAAGGAAUUGGCAACGAUUCAACUUUUGACGGCUCCUGACAAUUUGUUCAUGGAUUCUGAAGGUGCGCUUUGGACUGGCGCUCAUCCCGUGCUGUACAAAUUGCUCAACAUGGAGGCGUGCAUGAAAAAGGGGGAAUGUGAGAAGCACGGAACCUGCCCGCCAUCGCAGGUCCUGCGCAUCAAAUUCUCGGCCGACUUCAAGUCCCAUGAAAUUACGGAGCCAUACAGCGACGAUGGCAACCAACUCCCAUGCUCCUCGCAUGCCAUUCACGACGGGAAGGGAAAUCUUAUCAUUGGUACCAUCGCCAAAAAUGCGCUACAUUGCAAGUAUACACCGGAAACGAUUUUGGCU